AUGGUUUGUAGCAGACGACCCGACCGCCACGUAGAGGACACACGCGACGAACGACGGAGGAACGAAAGUAAUAAAUUAUUGCGUGUACAUUUAGAUAUACUGGUUUUUUCCCGGGAUAUCAAAGCUAGAAGACCUAGUUUAGAGAGGCAAUCCACCUUAUACGAUGACUGUAGCUAUUAUGAUUACACUACCAGUAUACAGAACGAUACUGGCAAUAGCAGCCACCACGUCUUAGAGCAAAUACCCAGCUGCGACGAAUACUACGACGUCCAACCCUACUCCUACCAAGACGAUCGCUUCGGCCAAGAAGAAGAAGACCGCCAAUGGGACAGCGGAGGGUUCCACCCCUAUCCCCCUCACCCCCGACCCAAGAAACUCCCUUCCAUCCCAGCAAUCCAAAAGCCCCUACCGCACAGCGACACCUACUCCGUAUACGAAGAACCCUCCCGACCAACUUCAACCAACAGAAGAAAAAUGCCCCAGAUACCCACCAAACGAACCUCCUGGCGCCAAGAACCAUCCGAAGGCAGCCACACUCCCGAGUACUCUCACCGAGGUGCCAGUCUACCCCCCACGCCUACCAAGACCUCCAAGAUGUCCAGCAGACUGUCCCAGGUGCUAGCUUCGAACGGAAGGGCUCCGACGCCAGGUCGUCAGCUGCCCAAGCCAGUUUCCAACUACAGCGCUAGAGCGAAAAGAAACAGGCUGAUAAAGAGAACUAGCUCAGCGGAUUACGCAGAUAAUUUCACGGAAAAUGAUUACGUCAGAACUGGCGCCACUAGCGCCUUGGAUAACUAUAACGAAGACUACAACUAUGCAUAUCAGAGUAACGAUAACCUGCCUUUGGAUCCCGAAGAGGAUAUCUACGUUCGAACGGAGCAGACCAACAGCUAUUACAGCCAAAACCCUGACUACAAUCAGAGCUACUACGAUGUCAAGAUCCCAGUACCCCCCAGAAAGAAGCUUCUAGGCGAAAACGAUGCUAACUUCGUACAACAGAACACGGACAGCUUAGAAUCGCGAGACGACGAGCUGAAAGACUCCUUUGAAACUCCUGUUUCCUCCAUGAGCAGUUCCUUGCAAAUCAUCAAGCCUAACGCUUAUCCUGAAGCAUCUAGUGAGCUGAUGUCUCCCAAUAUCGCACAGAAGAACAUAUUGAAUGCGAUGUCUCAUCAAGGGGAGCUGGACCAACUGAGAGCGUUGGAGAACACGAACCCUUCUAGUCUUACUGUCGCUCAGGUGCACAAUCACAAUAGCUUGGGCAGUAAUAAGACUUUUAUGAAGCAGCUGAGCUGCGUGGAUAAUGGUUAUUAUAUGCAGGGUCAGUUCGAUGGGAUGAAGGACAGCCAGAUGACGUACGGGAGCUUGGGUCAGGAGGAUUCGUAUCUGGAGGUGCAGGAGUCAGUAGAGAGUUAUGUAGAGGAUGAGACUGAAGAUAGUGUUGCCUAUGGUUCCAAUACUGGAAUUGGCACAGCGCAAGCAAUAAAUCACGAUUCCCCCUUGUCUGUGAUACACGUAGAAAGCCGGGAGGACGAACAGCAAACGCUUCGUAGUAGAGAGUCCUCCCAAGUGAGCGUUGCCGUCGAUCCAUUUCAUGCGACAGCGCUAAAGCAACGGCAACAGCAGCAGCAGCAGCAGCAAGCACAAGCAGUUGUCCCCAGGAGAUCGUCAGGCGCCGAAACAGCUUACCAAAACUUUAACGAUAAUUUGUUGUGCGACGACACCGACCAAUUCCCCACUUCGUACCCCCGCGUCAAACCUGCCGCCCUUGAUGCCCCGCUAGUCCGCCAGCCGUCAGUCCGGCGGUCACCCCCCACCCCCGAGAAACCCCCCGAAACCCCUCCGAAGGCCCUCGACGAGCCGGCGCCGGCGCCGGUCACGCAGCCGGCGCCGGACCACCGCGAAGACGAGGCCGGCGAUCACCGGCCCAAGAUCACGGCGCAGCAGCGGUGGCUGUGGGCGUACAACAAGAUCAUCAUGCAGAUGGACGGCGAUCUUUUCGAUAUAAUGUAUGAUUUCCGAGUUACGAGCAAAACACCGAAAUCUUCUCAUCUUUCCAUAAAUAAAUCAAGUAAUCAAUCGAAACCGAGAGCAGGCAAGUAA